AUGGGAAAGACAAAAGGCCACCCUCGCAGAGAUGAAGGGCAGAAGGGCUGGAAAGGUGCACAACGAGGCGGAUUUUGCAGCCGCGAGCCAUGUACAAAUCCCUGUAGCGUGCCGUUGGCGAUGUGGGACUUUGAGCAGUGCGAUCCUGAUGCCUGCUCUGGUCGGCGUCUAUAUCGUCAAAAUGCACUGCGUCUUUUAAAGCUGCGGGAACCCUUUCAUGGGGUUGUUCUUACACCCACAGCCACAGAGUUCAUGAGCCCUGCCGAUGUGGAUAUCAUUGCCCAGUUUGGUGCUGCGGUGGUAGACUGUUCAUGGAAGCAGCUACACGCAGUGCCAUGGCGGCAGAUGAAGAUGGGUGCUCCACGAUUGUUGCCGCUGUUAAUUGCCGCCAAUCCCGUCAAUUACGGUCGGCCAUCAAAGCUGAACUGUGCGGAGGCAUUGGCAGGGGCUCUUGCCAUUGCUGGCCGCAUGGAGGACGCAAGGUGCGUCUUGUCGUAUUUUUCGUGGGGAGAUAGCUUUUUUGAUGUAAAUGCCGAGUUGUUAGAAGGGUAUAGCAAAUGCGCCAACCCCGCAGAGGUGGUGGCCUUUCAGGGAAAGUACGUGGAAACGGAGGCAGUUGAAAGUGCGGCCCGACGGGAGAUAGACCUAAAUAAUAUGGACCUGAUGGAUGCAGUUCCACUAAACGUUAAACGGGGUAAAAUGAGGAGUCGAAACAAAUGA